AUAAAAUCAGUUCAUGCAAAGUUAUUACACCACCUCUAUGUUCUUGUGCAUCUCUACAAGUAGGUAACACAAAAAUGUAACACUAUAAGUCAAGAUUAAUAUUAAUUAUCAUAACUUUGCAGAGUUCUCAUAAAGUUUUAAUGUAUGCAAUUCUAUUCCACAAUACAAACACAAGGGUGUAAAGAGAGAAGUCAAACCAGUUAUCUCAUUGCGCAGAAAUACUAAAGCCUAGACUGACCUCUAGUGGAGGGUGGACCUGUAGAAAAUGUACAACAGCCAAAACCAAGAGAUUAUGGAUGGAGCUCAACAGCACACUGGAACAUGUUGUCAUUUGUGCUCACCUGAUAAACUGUGAUGCUCCACUGCUGAACUGAAACUCAUACAAUGCUAUGGAUUUAUUCUCUGUAUUCAGUGUUUUAAUCUGUUAAUCUCAUUCGAUUUCACCAGACUCUCCAUCUUCUACUCUUUUUCAAACAGAAAAAAAUGCAGAGUGUUUGUUUGUUAAGAUAUGACAAAGGGCCAGCAGCCAGAAUUAUGUUAUUCUAGAGCUAAUCAUAUUGACUCUAAGAAGCCAUUAUAUUAUUAUGUUAUUUAGCUUCAUUAAAACUCUGAAUUUCUCAAAACGAUUAUGUUUUCUUAUUCAGCUUUUAAAGGAUUCCCAGCAUUCCUGUUCAUCAUAGGUCGUAAAACGCCGUGUAGAACACUAAUCAUUGUCACUCAAAAGACUUAAUAAAAAUUAUAGUUAGACAUAUUUUGUUUCUCCCUUUGAUAACUAUCCACACUCUGGAGAAAAAAGGUCAAUUUUCUCGUAGUAUUCAAUUAUAUUUUCUGAGAAAUAAUAAUGAGCAUACAGUUGUCAAACUAAUACUGAGGUUCAGUUUAUUCAUCCAAAGACUACAUUUCCCAGAAUGCAUUGUUCCGUGUGCCGGAAGAUGAUCCCUCAUUCUUAUCGUCCUUUGCCGAACGCGUUUCGCUUCGGGAAACAUAAGAAUGAAGCAGGAACACGAAGACCUAGUUUUGAAAGCAUGUGGAGCAAAGUCUCUGCAGACUGGUGCAAAGAUUCAGACUUUGUGGAGCGGUUAUGGUGAAAUAUUACGAGUCCACUUGGAGGGAUGUGACCGUCCCUCUGUGGUUGUCAAACAUGUGAUGUUUCCCCAAAACCAGAAACAUCCAGGGGGCUGGAACACAGACAUAUCUCACCAGCGCAAGGUGCGAUCCUAUCAAGUUGAAUGUCACUGGUACCAAAACUACACUACCAACGAACAAUGUCGAAUUCCUGCAUGUCUUGCUGUCCAGUCAUUUGGUGAUGAGCAGUUGAUUGUUUUAGAGGACCUUGAUGUUGUAGGAUUCCCGGUGAGAAAAACCUAUGUUAAUGAUGCUGAAAUAAAGGCCUGUCUCAGCUGGAUUGCCAGCUUUCAUGCACUUUUCCUCAACGUUGCCCCAGAAGGGCUUUGGCCUAUAGGCACCUAUUGGCAUUUAGAAACAAGGCCUGAAGAGCUAGAAGCCAUGUCAGAUCAAAAACUCAAAGCAGCUGCUGCAGAGAUAGACAGCAUCCUCAACAACUGCCGCUUUAAGACAAUUCUACAUGGUGAUGCAAAACUAGCGAAUUUCUGCUUCUCCAAGGAUGGUUUACAGGUUGCAGCUGUUGAUUUUCAGUAUGUUGGUGGAGGGUGUGGGAUGAAGGAUGUUAUUUACUUUUUGGGCAGCUGUAUGGAGGAGAAAGAGUGUGAAAAGAGAGUGCCUGGCCUUCUGGAUCACUAUUUUUCAGAGCUACGGAAAUCCUUGGACGAGAAGGCCAGCUUUCCAGAGCUGGAGAAAGAAUGGCGGAGCAUGUUCGCUUUCGCUUGGACAGACUUUCAUCGCUUUCUCCUUGGAUGGAUGCCCGGUCAUCACAAGAUUAAUAAGUAUAGCAAAAGACUCACUCAGGAGGUUUUAAACAAAUUGAAGCAAUCUCAAUCGAACUGAAACGCAGAGGAAGAAAGAUGUGGCUUGACUUUUAUAAUAACAAAAUACACUGGACUGUAUAUUAUUCUUGAGGCUGUACCACAAAAUGCUGAUUAUUUCAGAACUGGAUUUAUUCUGUAUGUAAUGUGAGCACUUGAUUGUGAGAUUAAAAUGUAUUGCUAUGUAUUUUUUGUAUUCUGUAUUAAGUUUUAAUGUUAAAGCAUACCCACACAUUCAUCUUUCAUAGUAAUAUUUUAUAAUGAGAUAAAAUUAUAAAGGCAUCAUUAAGCUUAUCUAGAGAAUUGGUUUCAUUCUGUAUGUAAUGUGAACACUUGUUUGUGAGAUUAAAAAAUACUUAUUUCUGUUAAA